UCCCUGUUACUGCUAGACAAAUUAGGGGAAUCAGUCCUACUCCUGUGGAAGUUUGAUGGCAAAACUCUCGCGGACUUCAGUGGGAGGCUCUCUGCUGGGAAGCCACCUCUCUUCUGCAGGAAGGACAGAGCAAUAGACAGAUGGAGGGGUGGAUUUCUUCAUGUCUGAAGUCCCUGCUGUGGUUUCUGUGGCAGCUACUGGUGUCCAUGGAAACAGCUGAGAGUGUGUCAGGCAGAGGGGGGAGGAAGGAAGGAGCAUUUAGACCAGGGAGGAACCUAUCUGACAAAGGAGGGAGCUGGGCCCCUUUCCUCGUCUCCUAACUGUCUCAGUGCCCUCUGCUUGCCAGCCACCUGUUGGUCAGGACAAAUGAUGAUUUUAUCAUUCCAGGCUGCUGUCUUGCUGGAGAUCCAAAGUGCCUGAAAGAAAGCUGUAGGCUUGGCUGCCCUGUUGCUGAUGAAUGGGCCUUCAGGGAUCUCUGCUUCAAUUCAACCCAAGUCACUGUUCUCUUUCCUCCCGCCGAGGCUGUGCUCUGGGCAGGGGUUAUUACUCAUCGCUCCUGUUUAAAAAGGAAACUGCGCGGCUGGGGCUGUCUGCGUGACUUGGGAAAAGAACGAGGCAGCGGACGCACCAAGUAACUUAAUUAAACAUUUCUCACUCUUGUUUUGCUGCUGCUGACUCUUCAGAGAGGGGCUCUCUUCCUGACGGAUCGUGGGGCAGCAGAAGCGGCGGGGUCGGUGAUUUUCUCGGGACUUGCCAGCCAGACAGUGGGGAGAAAGACGCCCACACGGAUUCCCUCCCUGCCUAGGCUGGACUGAACUUUGGGACCAGUCGUGCAGUGUGAAGCCGGUUCUCAAGAGCAGCAAUGACAGGUGUGUGCGGCUGCUGUGGCGCAUUGCGUCCCCGUUACAAGAGACUAGUUGACAAUAUCUUUCCGGAGGAUCCAGAGGAUGGGCUGGUAAAAACGAACAUGGAGAAGCUGACCUUCUACGCACUGUCUGCGCCGGAGAAGCUGGACCGCAUCGGCGCGUACCUUUCGGAAAGGCUGAUCCGAGAUGUGGGCAGGCACCGAUAUGGGUACGUGUGCAAUUGCCAUGGAAGCCUUGGACCAGCUGCUAAUGGCCUGUCACUGCCAAAGCAUCAACCUGUUUGUGGAGAGCUUCCUGAAGAUGGUGGCGAAGCUGCUGGAGUCAGAGAAGCCCAACCUGCAGAUCCUGGGUACAAAUUCUUUUGUGAAGUUUGCGAACAUUGAAGAGGACACUCCCUCCUACCACAGGAGCUACGACUUCUUUGUGUCGCGCUUCAGUGAGAUGUGCCACUCCAGUCACGAUGAGCUGGAGAUCAGAACAAAGAUCCGGAUGUCCGGCAUAAAAGGCCUGCAGGGGGUGGUGAGGAAGACGGUUAAUGAUGAACUCCAGGCGAACAUCUGGGACCCGCAGCAUAUGGACAAAAUCGUGCCUUCGCUGCUCUUCAACCUACAGCACGCAGAGGAGGCUGAGAGCCGCUCUCCAUCUCCCCUGCAAGCAGCUGAAAAGGAGAAAGAGAGUCCCACUGAGCUGGCAGAAAGGUGCCUGCGAGAGCUACUGGGGCGAGCGGCUUACGGGAACAUUAAGAACGCCAUCAAACCUGUUCUCAUCCAUCUAGACAACCACUCGCUCUGGGAGCCAAAGACGUUUGCUAUUCGCUGCUUUAAGAUCAUCAUGUACUCCAUUCAGCCUCAGCAUUCCCACUUGGUGAUCCAGCAGCUCCUGGGACACCUGGAUGCCAACAGCAAAAGUGCGGCCACGGUGCGGGCUGGGAUCGUGGAGGUCCUGUCGGAGGCAGCUGUCAUCGCGGCCUCAGGAUCAGUGGGGCCGACUGUGCUGGAAGUGUUCAACACCCUGUUGAGGCAGCUCCGGCUGAGCAUCGACUAUGAGCUGACGGGCAGCUAUGACUGUGCCAUCGUCAGUACCAAGAUCAUCAAGGAGCAUGAAGAGAGGAUGUUCCAGGAGGCCGUUAUCAAGACCACAGGUUCCUUUGCCAGCACCCUCCCCACCUAUCAGAGGUCAGAGGUCAUGCUCUUUAUAAUGAGCAAGGUCCCGCUGCCUUCUCUGCACCACGCAAUAGACGCUGGAAAAGCUGGGGAGAAUCGGAAUCGCCUGACUCAGAUAAUGCUGCUGAAAUCCCUCCUGCAGGUCUCCACGGGCUUCCAGUGCAGUAACAUGCUCACGGCCCUGCCCAGCUCUUUCCUGGACAGGUUGCUCUCGGCUGCAUUGAUGGAAGACGCCGACCUGCGUCUCUUUGUCCUCGAGAUACUGAUCAGCUUCAUUGACCGCCAUGGAAACCGGCCCAAGUUUUCAACUAUCAGCACCAUCAAUGACAUCUCUGUCCUGAAGCUGAAAGUGGAUAAGUGUUCCCGCCAAGAUACUGUCUUCAUGAAAAAGCAUUCCCAGCAGCUCUACCGACACAUCUACCUGACGAGCAAAGAGGAGAGCAACGUGCAGCCACACUACGAGGCGCUGUACAGCAUGCUGGCACUCAUUAGCAUCGAGCUGGCCAACGAAGAGGUGGUGGUGGACCUGAUCCGCCUGGUGCUGGCAGUGCAGGAGAUCGCCCAGAUCAACGAGGAUAACCUGCCUGUGUACAACCGCUGCGCCCUCUAUGCCCUCGGCGCCGCCUAUUUGAAUCUGAUCAGCCAGCUCACCACGGUGCCCGCCUUCUGCCAGCACAUCCACGAGGUCCUCGAGACGAGGCAGAAGGAGGCGCCAUACCUACUCCCAGAAGAUGUGUUUGUGGAGACACCCCGGCUGACGAAGAGCCUGGAUCACUUAGUGCCCGAGGUCUUCUUCCGACAGAGCAAGAUCAGUGAGGUGCUGGGAGGCAGCGGUUAUAAUUCAGACCGGCUCAGCACCCCCUACAUCCCCCAGCUGACAGAGGAAGAUCGGCUGUCCAAGAGGAAGAGCAUCGGUGAGACCAUUUCUCUUCAGGUCGAAGUGGAAUCGAGGAACAGUCCCGAGAAAGAGGAGAGAGCCCCCGCUGAAGAGAUCACAUAUGAAACCCUGAAGAAAGCAAUUGUAGACAGCGUCGCCGUGGAGGAGCAGGAGCGGGAGAGGAGGCGGCUGGUGGUGGAAAAGUUCCAGAAAGCUCCUUUUGAAGAGAUUGCGGCUCACUGCGGUGCCCGGGCCUCGCUGCUGCAGAGCAAGCUGAACCAGAUCUUUGAGAUCACUAUCCGACCACCCCCGAGCCCAUCCGGUACCAUCACGGCGGCUUAUGGCCAGCCCCAGAACCACUCUGUCCCGGUGUACGAGAUGAAGUUCCCAGAUCUCUGCGUAUACUGAGAGUCGAAGCGCAUGCCGAGAGAAGGCCAAGCCCUGAUGCAACUGGAGCCAAGGGGGAAACGCGCCUUCUGCAUGAAUGAAAACGAGUCUCUUGAACUCAAUAAUCCUAAAGGAAAACCCCUCUUGGUGGACUCUUCGGCAGUCUUCCCUCUUCCAGAGCUACAUGGCCCGAGACCACCCUACAGUCCUUCAGCCAUUUACACAAAUCGAAUGUACUUUUUCUUUGCUACCCUCUUUCUUCUCAGCUAGUUUCACCUCCUGGGUUUGACAAUGCAUGAGGCUCAAGAACGUUCAGGAAACAGUUUCAGAGCCGUGACUCCAGCAGCAAGAGGUCGGGGAGGACACAGAGGUAGCUGGGUUUUGCUUUAGCUUCCCUUUUUAGAAGCGGGUUAGAGUUUUGUGGAGGGGGUUAGGUCUUACCCCGGAGAGAGUGUGUUUGGCGUGUUGAUGUCCCACUACAUAAAGCGGAGCUAUGCCAGUGACAGGUGUCACUCACGUUUAUCUGCCUUGGGUCAGUUUAAGGGAGCUCUUUCUUAGCAAGGAGCUGCUGUCCAAGCUUGAGGUCUUCUGUACUUUAAAGCCAGACUAAGUGUACUUGAACGUAGGACCCGAACUUGUUGCGAAAGGUGAAUCCUAGUUGCCUUAAGACAGGUCAGCCUGCCUCUUUGGCUGCUUUGCACUAAGAUGUAAAAUUAAUCAUCACAGUUGGAUGCAUAUUUUAAAAAAAAGUUAUUUUUGUGCUGCCGGGUCCUAUACAUCAGAUGCGUAUUUGCCUUUCCAGUAAUGCUGAUUUAAGAAGACAAAGGGGCUGAUUGACAGACAGGUACAAUCAAGGCAAACACCCUUCACUUUUCCUGCACGUUCUCAACUGAAAGGGAAAUGGCUCCUGUCAUGAACCAGCUUGUGUGUGUCUCUCCCACUUCAUGGAGUGGGAGCCUAGGAUCCAAAUGACUCAGCCCUAUACUGCUAACAGCUAAAGGAGAUUCUCUGUUAGAGCCAAGUGGCAGGGGGUUGUGGGCUUCUGGAGGAGGAGGACCUGCUGUGUGAGCCCAUCUAAGUUACCAAUAGUGCGCAGCCGAUGGGGAGACCCUUUAAGUCCUAGGCGGUUACAGAUUCAUUGCAUACCUAAUUUUUAAAAUCCGUUUCAGUGAGGAUUGUCCUGUGGAAGACCCGGGCCCCGAUCCUUCAGGCUGUGGGUGAGGGCUGUACUGACGUGCAGGCAGGACUAAGGGUGGGGCAGCCUUGGGGAACCCAGAAAGAAACAGCAGCAGGAGUGAAAUGGGAAUGGAGGGGAAGGUGCAUUAACCCUUUGAACUCUGGCAUUUCCACUGUGCCCACUGCAUACAGGCAGUUCAGGGAGUGCAUGGAGGCUCCUACUCUAGUUAAGAUGAUUAUUACCCCCCAUUUUCACAUGAGCCCAGUCCUCCUUGGGGGCUGAAAUGUCCCACAGUUAGGCUCUGUCUCGCUUCAUCUUCCAGCAAAAUCCCUCUGGCAAAGGGACCUAAAAUAGCAUGAAAAAAUUCUGUGUUUUGGACAAUUCCAACAACACUAGGCUACAGCAAAAACAGCCGGUGUGUGAAAGUGGUGACUCUGUGCAGGCAGAGGAGGGCCUGUCAUCUGCCAGCUUCAAAACAGGAGUUCAAAGGAGUUUCCCAUCCUACACCUGCCCCUGGAUUCUCCCUGCAAUUGUGGCUUUAUAAUCACAUUUUCUUGUUUCCCAAAAUUUUUUCCUUUUUCCCCUAAAAACCUACUCCUGAUUUGCCAUAUGAAUUUGUCUAGCUUCGGCUGUCAGCCUUUGGACCGUGCUAGACCGAAGAGCCCGUUUUGAAAUAUUUGCUCCUCGUGUAGGUACUGAUAGAUUGUGAUCAAGUCAUGCCUUAAUCUUCUCACUGUUAAAGUAAAUAAAUUGAGCUCCCUGCGCCUAUCAGGUUCUCCAACCCUUUAAUCAUUCUCAAGGCUCUUCUCUGACCCCUCUCCAAUUUGUCAGCAUCCUUCUUGAAUUGUGGG